AAGCAUCGAUCUGCACCACCUCACUCUCGGUUCCAAUCCGUCCAUCCAUCCAUCACGGGGCCGCUUGGCGCUGGGCCACCACAGCCACCACAGCCACCACCGCCAUCGCUGCCAUCGCUGCCAUCCGAUCCACCCACCUACCUACUCGCCCGUCCUCCUACACACGCUUUCACGAGAACCACCCACCAUGGCGAUCAACCACCAAGAUGCUUCCAUCUUCGACGGUUCAGCAUCGCCGCAACCGCAGCCUCUCACGAAACGUGACGUUCGACGCAAUCGCAUCAUGGACAAGCUGUUUGCCAUGCAAGCAGGCUUCGCAGCCAACCAGAAUCAGCAUUAUCGCGCACAGUUGCAAGGUGUCCAGGUCGAUAUGACCUUGGUCCUACGCGCGGAUCCCUAUCGCAACGAUGGUCCACUAGAAGAUAGCCACGAGGGGAUCCGCGAGCUCGUAGAGCAGGUCAUGCAGUCCGAUAACCAAGGCCGGGGGGUUGCUCUUUUCGACGACGACAAUGUCAAGACCGACUUUUGGGCCACUGCUGGUAAGCGGUACGGCGAGUUUGCGCGCGAGGUCAAUGACUCGAUCGAACGGCGCGACGCUGACCUUACCAUGCUUCAUAACAAUUAUGAUGCUGCGCUGCAGGAGCUCGAUCGCUUGCACCAGCAACGCCUUCGCCAGGCCGAAGAAGAGCACCGCGAGCUCUCGAACACGAUUCGACAACGAUUAAUAGCCACUCUGAAUAAGAAACGCCAGCAACUGUUGCGAGACAAAGAUCAAAUAGACAUAUCAGACAGCAACGCUAUGCUGCUCCACCCGAACCACUUUAGCAUUGGCAAUAAUGUAGCAUCUCCGAGUCAGAAUGGGGUUGGAGUCGGCAAGCGAACGCGAUAUCUGAGACAUCACAGGGCAGCGAGUCCAGGACCAGCAGGUACUGAAGCCGAGAAUGGUAAGAGAAAGCGAAAGCUGGGUCAGGCCGAAGACGAUACUGGCAAUGAAUCGCCUAUACCAAAUUAUGGCGGCAGAAGUCCUUUUAAAGAGGCAAAGGGCACCCGAGAGUAUGCGCAGUUCGAAGCACCAGCAUACAGCUUAGAAAGACUGUUCACCGAAAAAGAGCUCGCACUUGCGACAGAUCUGGCGAAAAAGGCAACGUAUAAAUACUUUUACCAAAAAGAGCAGGAACCGUCAUCGAAUAGCAACGGAACUGCCGUUCCUUCAGUAGAUGGCGAAGUCGUGGAACCUGGAGACGCGCAAGGAGAUGAGGCCAUGGCAGGUGCGCAUGGGACGAACACCCCUCCACCGUCCGAGCCACCUGCGGCUGUCGGGAUGGAGCGUCAGGCGUCGCAUCAAGUGCUCACAAGGGGGGGAGCCAAGGCGAAUCCGUUGGCUGCCCUCUCUGACCUGGCCAAUGCUGCCGCUGCAGCUUCGAGUACAGAGCCUGUGAUCAGGCGGAAUCCAUUUACACCUGAACAGCCCAGCUUUCACGCCACAUCACGAGCUGAGAAAUCGGGUGCUCCAGCUCCCGCUCCGGUGAGCAACCUGGACAUGGAGAAUGACUUUCAAAUGAUGCAUGAUGCUGGUGCGGACUACCACACUGCAGACCCCGAUGGAGACGUGGAAAUGGACCACCAACUGGCAGCAGAUGAGGCCAAAGAUCUACGACGAAGGCUACUGGAUCAAGCUCUUGGCGUUGCCGGUGUACAAGCGCCAUAUCGUCUCCCACAACUAGAACCUGGGCCUGGUGCUCUGAUUGGAAGAGGUGUCGAUCGAGAGCCACGUACAGGAUUCGCUCCCGUGCAACCUGUUGUGGUACGCAUCGAGUCCAGACUCAAGACGACGAACCCUUCGACAGAUAUCACAAACGGUGCCUCUGGAGGCUCCAUGGCUGCCGCACUGAGUGGGAGGCUUGGCGCCGAGCCCAUGAGUCGGACUACGAGUGCAGGGGGUACCAGUGAACUUGGCGAGCCUUCCACGUCAAGAGGACGAGGGGGGCGAGGGAGGCUUGUCUGAUGCUGUGGAGUGGAUGUACUGCUUCAAGCGUGGCGUUCAAGCAGUCGUUGGAUUAUGGCAUCGCUGCAGUGCUAUGUUAUUACACUUUACCAGCGGCAAAAGUAAGAUCCCACGGGGCCAGGAAAGACAAUGUAAUACUUAAUAUGCCUUUCUUCUUAUCAACCAACAACUCGGACUCUUUCUUGGAUGUGCAGAGAGCUCCCGUAUUAGUGAGGUACAUAAAAGGGGACAGGCAAGGGUACAUACAUGUACAUACACGACUGAGUGGUUCAAUGUGAGCUGAUGAUAAUGAUAUCUACCUACUACCUAGGUAGGUAAGGUACUUGUACAUGUACCGCUCUGGGCGACGUAUGUACAUGGGGGAGGGAAGAGAAGAGAAGGGAAGGGAAGAGAGGGGAGGGAAGAGAAGAGAAGGGGAGGGGGUAUGCGUAUACUCCAUCCGAUCUGUACAAACGGCCAACCAUGCAGUGUUGCCAUGCACGCACGCCGUAUCGAUGCAAUAAUAGGGUAUGGUAUGGUAUGCCCCC